AACCAAGUCAGCCGGCGGCAGCACGUGUCGGUCGCUGCUGCUCGACGCCUCGAGAGGUAUUUGCCGUUGCUUGCUUUUAUCAAUUAAAAUCGCUAAAAUUUUCAAGAGCGUUCGCUGAUUACGUCUAGUUGAAUAUAAUUCGUGCGUUUCUCGAAUCAUGUCCCAAAACGCAGCAACGACCGACGCUGCUCGUGUAUCGCGCAACUUCUUGCGUGCGUGCCAAAGCGGUGACGUUCACAGAGUGGAAACUCUUGUUGGAAGAUACGGCAUACACGAUUGGUGCGACUUCCGUCACUCGGACUCUGGCGACACCGCGCUACACGUGGCGGCACGAGCUGGCAAUAUGAAUGUGGUGAAGUAUCUGUGCGAACAAUUUGACAUGCAAGCGUUUAAAAUCGACGUCACCAACAAGGACAUGAAGAGGCCUUCGCACGAGGCUGCACAAUUCGUACAAGAGGACGUCUUGAAAUAUUUAUUAGAAAAUGGUGCGUCGGUGGACGCUUUGAAGCGCGGCGACUGGACGCCUCUGAUGCUCGCAUGCACGAAAAGCGGCCACGCGGCAUAUCGGUGCAUCGUUACCCUCCUGAUGGCUAAGGCUAACGCACGUUUACGCAAUAAAGACGGCUGGACGCCGUUACUCAUCGCUUGUCGAGCCGGUGAUGAGAAUGUGGUCGAUUUAUUACUGAAGCACAUGCCCGACUGCAUAGACGAACGAAGCAACAAUGGUCGUAGCACGUUGCACAUUGCUGCAUUCCAUGGACACGAGAGGGUGAUUAACUCGCUCGUCGCGUCGAGACCGAGCCUACUGAACGCGCAGGACUCUUCGGGCUCCUCGCCGCUUCACGAGGCGAUGAAGAGCGGCAACCUAAACGCAGCGAGACGCAUCGUACAUCUAGGCGCCGAUGUCAGUCUCGUAGACAAUGUCGGUCAAACUAUCCUGCACGUAGCCGCGCUAACAGGCAACACGGAGGCUGUUGAAUACAUUUUGAGGCACAAUUUGAUUGACGUGAAUCGCGAAGCUUCUUUCGGCAUCACCCCGUUAGUGGCAGCUCAAAGGAGUAAUCACAGCGACGUUGUCGACAUUCUGACGAAAAGUGGCGCCAAAUAAUAAAGUUUGUCCCUGUGACGUAUACUUGUGCUCUUGUCACAUUCCCGAAAUGUCUCGCACAGCUUUUCUCGCAAUCAAAACAAAUCGCGCAAUGCAAAAAACGAUUCGGCGUUUUUAACAAUUUGACUCUCACGCUUAUCGCGUCUCCCAAAAUUGAAUAUAUUUUUUUAUUCUAAUUCCUUUUAUGUUCUGUAGAACAUCUCUCUCUUUCAUGGGUUUGCCGAAGAGAAAAUUCUCGACAAAAAUCAUUACUUUCGUUUGAUCAUCGACGCUUUAAUUACCGACGAGUCGCGUCUACAUGUACGGUUUAGGAUGGACAAAAGACUCACGCGAGUGGCAUUUUAUUCAGAGAUUGGUACACAUUUAUUUAUCUUUUGUUUUCUCUUGUAUCAGACAGUUUUAAAGAAGCAUACAAAAAUCAAGAAACGGAGGCUCUUAUUAGUUCGGAGAUACCUAGGCUUUACAUUCUUCUUCGUCCUCUACCCUUUACCCUUCCUCCUUUGCUUCGUUAAACUUUCUUUUUUUUCUC